AAGCGAUGUACGAAGGUUCGAAAUGGGAAAAUUAUUUUUGGUUCAUCAGUCCAAUUUUUCUCUUUGUUCCGGUCAUAUGAAACAACGACGUUCGUUAAAAUGUUUCCGACGAAAUAUGUAUUCGGAGUGUUUUUGAUUGGUCAAAUUACGUUUAUCGGAGCGACUGUAACGGAACGACCACCGAGCCUAUCCACCGUCAUCCAGGCAACUUUAACAAAUACCGUCAUCGAUUCAACGUCGUCUCCGAUUGACAUCGAAAACAUCACCAGCAUAAUGACCACCGGGUUUAAGGACGUGAAACUAUUAACCAGCAAGUUGUUAGAUCUGGCUGCUCAGCCAACCUGGAAUGCGGAAAAUCUAUUGAAUUUGUUGUCGGUGGUGCACGACACUUUCGACGUGAUCAUAGCCACAGCUCGGGGUCUAGAUCAUAAAUUGAAAGGAGUCGUGGGUGUCGUUGAUUUGGCGAUGGUCAACAUUCAAGUGGCUCUGCAAACGUUCAUUCAAACGGUUGUUGUUAAUGUGAUCAUAACCGGCGAUAUUAGGGACAAUACUCAAAAUGACAUCAAUUAUUCGCUGUUGGGUGUUGUGGACGGCAUCCAGUUGCUUUUGGAUACGUCGUAUCGUCUGCUCAAUGGAAUUGUAACGAGAUCGGGAAACGAUUUGGCCAAAGCUAUGAUGUGUCUGGAGGGGAUUGUACAGACAAUUUUGAGUAUAAUCGAAAACGUUUUGCAUUCGUUGAGGAUGUUCUUGAUGAAUUUCAAAAUUAGGUCCACCGACGCCGCUUACAUUAUGCCCAAGUUCGAUGUGGCUCUAACUAAUUCUUUGAAUAAACUAGCCAGUAACUUAACGCAUCCGGUGACAAGUGUCAUAAAAGAGUCCCUAGAGCCAGCUUUGCAGGCCAUUAUCUUCAAACUGAAGGAUAACUUGGAUAGUGUCACCGGAUCAACGCUAGAUUCGAUUAAAAACAUUUCCCAACCAAUCAGCGAUCUGGUGGCCACAAUAGUCGAUAGCCAGAAAAUCGCCAUCAGGACGUUGACGACGAUUCCCCACAUCGUUCGAACGAUGCCACCCAGUUUGCUAUCCUUAUCCAACGAAAUAAAGUCGCUGCAUGGAAACACCAUCGGUGUUCAGUCAACAUUUAAUGUCGCGCUAUCCAACACAGUCGCCUCAUUUCACAGCCUAACAUCGUACCUAACUCUCAUCACUAGCCUCGGCUUCACAUCCAAAGUCGGAAUGGCAAACAAAUCGAAAUUGGUGACGAACACGGAGAUAGUGUUGCUUCUACUGGCAACAAACAUUCAAACCUUGAUCGAUACCAGCACCCAGGCAAUAGGUCAGUCACUGAUCCAAUCUGUGAAUUCGAAGGGGGUAGCUCAACGAGGAGACUUAUUGAAGGAAUCGACGACGAAGAUUUCGCUGUUACUCGAAAAUGUUGUGAAAAUUCACUUGCGUGCGAUGCAAACGUUGUUGAAUGGAGUGAGCCAGGCAUUGAGAACCGUGCUAAAUGAGUACAGUGAGUCGCUGGUCUCCGUUGCCGUGACCAUCAAGCACUCUCUUGGUGAUCUGGGUAAUGUGAUGGAAGAUGUGCUGACGGGUUCGAUGGGAAACGUUUCCGGGAAUUCGGCUGGACGACUGAGAGAUGCAGUCAGGGCGUUCAAAAUGGUUCUGGAUAAUUUGGACAGUCUACGAAUCAAUGUGCGCAAUACAUUGAGGGCGAUUGAAAGUUUUCCGUCGAAGUGAUGGAAGUGGUUCGAGUGAGUUUAGUGUAGACACUGUCGAGUCUAUUUAGUUUUUAGCAUUUUUCAGUGUAGCUAGGAACAGUUACAAUAAAAUCAAAUAAAAA